GCCCCCAUUGCACGCUGAGCUGCUCUCGGCCUAGGCGUUUGUUUCGGUGGACGGUGGGGUGAAAAGUUGGUGCCACUUACAAAUCAACAAUGGCGGACAUGAAAACCAUUGCCAAUCAAUUUGUUCAACAUUAUUAUACAACAUUUGAUAACAGCCGUGAACAAUUAAUCAACUUAUACGUACCCCAAUCUACUCUUUCAUUUGAAGGCACAGACUUACAAGGAGAAGUACAGAUUUCAGAGAAGUUAAAGGGUCUUCCAUUUCAAAAGGUAGAGCAUUCAGUAACAACAGUUGAUGUCCAGCCAACUGUUGAUAACGGAUUGAUUGUUUUUGUAAUUGGUCAACUGAAGACUGAUUCGGAUCCUCCACAUGGCUUCUCUCAAGUCUUCCAUCUGAAACAGAAUCCUGUAACUAAUAGCUUGGUCGUACUCAAUGACAUAUUCAGAUUGAUGCUUCACCAUGGAUAACAAUUUUAGAGAUCUUGUAUUGUAGCCCACAGCCUCUCUUCAAUGGUUCAUUUUGCAGAGACUAUCCUUGUAUCAGAACCAAAUACGCAAUUAAUGUUUGUAAGGUAACAAAAGGUAGCUGAUGCUGGUAUUGUUACAGUUCUCAAAGAAUGGUUUCGUCAAUCAUUGUUUGAUUUAUUUCUUUUCUAAUACUCCUCCAUGUUGUAUCUUUAUUAACAAAAUUCCAUUCUGUAGUC